AAAUUGUCGAUAGUAAAUUGUUAUUCCAGUAUUAUUUUUCACAUUGUACAUUUUGCUUGAGUUUGAACAAUGGAGCAAACAAACAAAAGCCCUUUGGACGAUAUACAACGGCAGAUAUUCGACAGAAUCGCCAAAAACGAUGUAAAUGGUUUCAAGCAACUGAUAACCCAGUUGAAGGAGCGUGUUGAUUUUGUAGAUGAUGAUGGAAUGACACCGUUGCAACAUGCUUGUUGCAAAGGUAGCAAGGAAAUUGUUCAAAUUUUAUUGGAUAUGGGUGCCGACAUACAUUUUAACAAACAUGGUGCUGAUUACACACCGCUACAUUUCGCUGCUCUGUCGGGUAACACAGAAGUUUGCCGUCUUAUCCUGGAUGCUGGUAUAAAUCCGAAUAGUUUGAAUAGCGUGUCACGAACAGCGUCACAGAUGGCUGCGUUUGUUGGAAAUCAUUCCUGUGUGGAAACGAUCAACAACUAUGUUCCACGUAAAAGUCUAGAAUAUUACACACAACCACAGGGACAACAAAAAGAACCAUUAAUAUCACCAUCACAAUUAGACGCAUUUCAUCAAUUUGUUAUAGAAAUUAAUUUGCACCCAGUGCGCAUUGCACUGAACUUGCAACAACUUGGUCUGCUUAGAAACCUGCAAGGCUUGAAAAAGGCGCUAGAGUACAUGUGUGAGAAAGAAAUGAAGAAGACGACCGAUGUGAAUGAACUUAUGGCAUUUAAAUUUCACUACCUUCGAUGGAUUGUGUCCGAAUUAAUGCGUUGUGAGGAGCAGUGUAAAGCUCAACGUAAGGAAAAACCAUCCGAAGGAGAUGCCGGUAAACAUGAUUUUGUGGAAUUGUUCAUUAAGCGUGUGUUAAAAGAAAAUAAACUUGGACAACUGGAUUAUGUAGAGUUCAUUCUACGAGAGUGCGUGCGCGAAUUCCCUUUUAGAGAGUGCACAAUUUUUCGACAAGUCGUUUCCCAACUGACAGCUAAAGAUCCUCAACCGGCAUUAUUAGUAUUCCGUAAUGCUAUAAAUGGACACCGCGGUUUUGCGGAUGAGUCGACAUACUGUAGCUCGUGUGGUAACGAAAAACCAGACAAAAAGUGUUCGAAGUGCAAACAAGUAAAGUAUUGUGAUCGUGAAUGUCAGCGCCUGCAUUGGUUCAUGCACAAAAAGACAUGCGCUCGUCCCACCUCAAAUGUAUCUGCAUCGACUAGUGCAUCAGCUACGAAAGAGCCAAUAGAUACAAGCGAACUACAGGAAGAACUAUCAAAACUGGCAACUGCUUAAACAGCUUAAUUAAUGAAUAUAUGUGACAACAUUUUGGUACCUCUGCCCAAGUUUUUUUAAAAGAAUCCAAACGAUCAUAUAGUUGUGUAGAUUUGACAUAGUACAUACCGAAUUAUCUAUAAACGGAUUGUGUGUGCAAUUCACAUUCAAAUAAAAAUGGAAACCUGAAACUACUACAGAUUUUCCGAUUUUCCGUUAAAAAAAAUUACAUAAGUAAAUG